AUGAAGAGACUGGCAGGAUAUGAACUCUAUCAAGACGGCAUCCAAAUAAAUUCAUCCAAUUCAUCUGGUGACUUUGAAAUCGUUGGCGUAAAUAGUGCAUACCACUGCAUCGCCAGAAAUGAAUUCGGUGCUUCGAUGACACAAAAGACGAACUUAACGAAAGCUGUCAAAGUUUUGUUCCACCGGCCGGAUAUCACUAACCCUACAACGGUGCAAUUUCAGACUUCAAGUUUUAUGCGGGAAUGCAAACCUAUUGAGACCCCUAUCGUACCGAGCCCCACAUAUAGAUGGUUCGCCGGUGUGAAUGAAAAUGAGUUGAAAGAAACCAGUUGGUUGCAGUUUGGUGAAGAUGGAGCGAUCCACAUGGCGAAUUUGAGAGAUUUCCCUUGGAAGCAUACAAUCAAAUGUUCUGCUAGAAAUACUUUUCUUAGUCUAGAGGCAAAUUCUUCUAAAACACAAAUUAUAUUAGGGAAUGAAACGGCUCUGAUGCGUUUUCGGCCGGCAUUUAUGACCGGUUCUGGCAGGCAGAAUGGUGGUCAGGUGCUCGCUAAUGCUGGCGAAAUCAUCACGUUGAAAUGCCUCUUUUCGGGAUAUCCAACCCCAACUGUAACAUGGUUAAAAGACAACGCCGAACUGCCGGACGGUGAAUGGAUUGAGGAAUUAGGAGGCACCCAAAUAAAAAAUGUAGCCAAUCUGACUAAGGGUCAUGCUGGUCGGUACAUGUGUCAGGGUUUUAGUGCUGGGAGCCCUUCUGCUGUUUAUGCUUUCGAUCUUAUUGUCAUUACUCCUCCUACCUUCGCCAGUGAGCUCCAUAGACCGCACAAUGUGAACGCAACUGAGGGGCAGACGAUAUCAUUUAACUGCUCGACAGAUGUCAUACCGGACACCAGAACCUGGUUUCGAAACGCAGAGCAAUUUAAUUGUGGGUCUUGCUCUUUUUUUUUUUGA